ACACUCAGUUUAGAAUUUUCAAAUACUCCAUUGUCUGCCAUUGUCACACCUUUCCUCAAACAAAACAAGUUGGCAGUCUCCUUAGAUUACUCAACAUGUCUGCUGCCACUAACGUUCUAAAGCUAUCUAUGAAAGUUAUAGAGAUGAGUUCUCUAGAAGCAUCAAGAUUGCCUAACUGGGAACAUGUGCUGCCUAAGAAGCUCCCAACUCUUUCCUCUUCCCCUUCUAAAGGCACCAAUUCUUUAACAACAUCAUCUUCAACUGCGGUUAAAACAGAUACAAGCCCUCCUUCAUCAGAUGGAAAGGUCUAGCUGGAAUUAAGUAUAGGAGCAUUUUUUCAACUUGUCUCUAACUAUAGUAUACAAGUCUUGGGGCUGUGCCAAUUGGAAGAAGGCACACAGUUUUGCAAACUAGUCUUCAAUGUGAUCCAAAAUACUUGAUCAGUCUGAUCUGCUCAUGGGUACAGGAUUAUAUGCAAUUGUAGAGUUGAGCAUAUUGAUGCUCGGAUGCAAUCCAUUGUAAAGAAGAGUAGCACUUAUUUGCUGACAAUGAUGUAUUUGUAGGAUUAUAAGUCAAGAUUUAAGAACUAAUCACCUUCUUCUGAAUAUUGCUCUAGAAGCUUAGCUUGUAUUGAUUAAUGCAGCUUGCUAAAUAACCUACUAGGUUAUUUUCCAAGCAAAUUCUUGCAAUCAGAUACUUCUUGUAAUUGUUACUUCCUCAGAAUAAUUGAAUCAAGUCACUGCAGUUGU